GAAACACACGCGCAUGAAGAUGUCGUGCGUUCAGUUUCACACUAUUGGGCAAAAGCGUGUCCAGUGUUGUAGCUCUAGCUUGUAGUUAGCGAUUUCUCUAUCGGGAAUUCACAACAUAGUUGUGUGACAAUGUGGACGUGUAAAGCCAUGUGGAAAAAGCUAGCCCCACUCGCCAGAGCCUCUUCAACUGUGUACCGGCAAAAUGCAAGGAGAGCAGGCAAGUAGCUAGCAACUUGCUGAUCCCUGGAUAGCCAGUUCAACUGAGACUGUGCAGUAGCAGGUUGUGUAAGCUAGCUUGCUAGCAAUACAUAUUUAAAAAAAAGUAUAUAUAUAUCACUGUAACGUUACACAACAACCCAAAAUCAAACCAUUCUUCAUAAUGUUAGCUAGCUAGGCUAUCUAGCCAGUUGACGCGAUACAAGUGCAGCAAAAUGUAAUUAGCGUGAAAAGCUAUAUAGCUAGCUAACGUUAGAUUAUCUAGCAGUAGUCUAGCUAAUCUAGAGCAUUGUCUGAAGGUCUCAAAAUCUGUUAGCUAACUAGAAACAUAUUAUCGCAUUAUGUAGACAGACGUGCUCCCCAUGUCAAUCAUAAAUGUGUGGUUAAACCUCCCCCAUGUAUUCCGCCAAGGUCGUUGCAAGAAAGCAUGUCCAGCGUGGUUACAUGGUGGGCACCGUCAGCUCAAUUUCAUUGGACCGUCAUCAUUACAUGUUUUUUUGUAGGGAAAAGUUCAGUAUAGUUAGUAAACCACCUGAGCUACUGUAGAUGUGAAUUUGGAACUUUUGAUCUCACAGUUUCAAAAUAAGUUUGGGGGCUAUUCGAAUGUUUGCAGAAAUUACAUAACUUGUGGGCUGGACUUGUAACAGUAUCAGGUGCAUAUUAAUACAUAACGUUUCUUUCAGACUGUUUAUAAUAAUAUCAAAAUGUAUCAUCCAUCAGGUGUAUAGGUAUUUUAGGAAGCCUGGCAAAAGUAUGAUUGAUCCAUGCAUCAUCAGCCAGUCAGGUUUUCUUUGCCGAUAAGGUCUUAUUGAGAACCGAUUCAUCUGAUAUGCUUAGCUAUCAUUAUGGCAUCUAAUGAUAGUUAAGCAUGUCAGAUGAAUCUGUUCCUUGUCAUCAGUUGUCACAUACAGGCUAUUUAUGUUUAAAAAAAUCCACUCAAAGGUAAUGUACUACUUGAGGUCAUGGAAAACACUAUGGCAGGAGUCCUCAACUAAGUCCUGUACAGGCUUUUGCUCCAUCCCAGCAUACCUAACACACACCUUGAUUAAUUUCAGUGUUGAACAAUGAAAGAGGACUGCCACUGGUUCCACAGGCCCACAUGUCCUCAGGAACUCCAGGGAGUGGAGGGGACAACAACUUAUACUACCUCCUGGUGGGAGCAACCUGUGUAGGGGGAGGAUUUUAUGUAAGUAAUAUGUAUCCUGCCCAGUUAUGCACUCUUUAGUUUCAGUGCAAUUUUAGACAUACUUUUGUCUAAUCAAAAUGUGAAUGAAAAGGAUUUUGAAUUUGGAUUUUAUUACUGUGAAUCAUGCUUUGUUGUGAAAAUGGUCUGUCAUGUGCACAUGGUUAGUGCUAUAGGUUAGCUUUAAAAAGUCAGGCAAAGACAUUGGACACCAUUGGUCAUUGACCUGUUUGUAGCAGAUGGCCAUUUUAGUUAACUCAAAUGGCACCAUUACCAGUCUUCAGUGCCUCAAACUGUAUGGUGCUGUAUUAAGUCUGGCCUGCAUUUGAUGUCUUGUGGGUUUUGGCGAGGCCAGAACUGUGUGGGUCACCCUAUUAUGAUAUUGUGAUAAUGUAUGGACUUGAUUCAAUGGAAUGGUUACAGUUACUGUUGUCAUUGCCCUCUUGCUUCAUGUCUUUUGACAGAGGCCUUCAGAUAGGUUUAAAUGUGUAAUGUUUUGCAUCUUCACAGGCUUACCGUACCAUCAAAGGAGACAAAGAUCGAUAUCAGGAACGAAUUGAUGAAAUUGCUUCCAGACCAAAUAAGGUAGUCCCAGAACAACCAAUGACAUACCUGACCUCAGAGGCCCCAGGUGAGCAUGUGGGACGCCUAACAUACAUAGGCAGUCUGUUGAAGUUGCAUUAUAAUUAUAAUGUCUUUACAUUUCAACAAAAUGAGCCUUGUGAUGUACAUCUUGUCUUUCAGGCGAACAAGCUGCUGAAACUCCACAAGGUGAGAAUUUUAGUUGCUUGCAGAUAACAGUCCUGUCCCCAACCCCUAUUCAUGUCCAUACAUUAACAAAUAGUCUCUCUCUGUUAUGUUUUAUUUGAAAAUGUGCAUCAUGGUGUAACGUUGGUAGUCAAGUGAGAAUCAUAAAAGGCUGAAUUAUGUUGCAUAGUCCAGAUGAUAUUCCAGAUGAAAGUAAGAUAAUUUGACCCUGUGCAUUCUUUCUAGGAUUGAGCCUAUUUUUGAGAAAUUGCAUAAACCAGUGUUCAAAACCUAGAAUAAAGGUUUAUUUGACGACUUUGCUUAGGAUGAAAAGCAUGAAGGCCUAGUUCGAUAUUUAGAUAUUUAUUGUAUAACUCUGGAAAAACACCACUAGGGGGCAUGGGUGCUUAUGUUUGGAUAUGUUUUGUAUUUGGAUGGUUGGCUCUUUUAUUUGUGACCAACUUUUAAGUUUGGGAGGCAUAGCUACUACAUUGACACGUUUUCAUGGUCAAAUAUUUAUUGUAAUUUUUUUAAGCUAUUUUAUGACAUUAUCCCUGACAUCAUGUCCCCUGUAGCUCAGUUGGUAGAGCAUGGCGCUUGCAACGCCAGGGUUGUGGGUUCGUUUCCCACAGGGGGCCAGUAUGAAAAUGUAUGCACUCACUAACUGUAAGUCGCUCUGGAUAAGAGCGGCUGCUAAAUUACUACAUUUACAUUUUAGUCAUUUAGCAGACGCUCUUAUUACUAAAAUGUCAAUGUAAAUCACACCAAUGUUACCUCUGUAUAUGCAGCACUAAUUUGGCUGUUGGCCUAUUAAUAGGUUGUGAAUUGUUUGGUAAGAGUAAAGCUAACACAUUUUUUUGACCUAGCCGUUGUCCACCAUCCUGCACUUGCCAAGGCUGCCUUUAGCUUUUCUGAGCUUGAUCCUUUAAGUUUGGAUACUGCCCUUUUAGCUGUUGGAGCACGGUAGAAGGUAGGGCCGGGAAGAUACCAGUAUUGUGAUAUUUUUUCCAUGGCAAAAAUUUAAACACUAAGCAGACCAGAACGCUUUCGUCCUUUAAAAACCUAAUUUACAGUACCAGUCACAAGUUUGGACACACCUACUCAUUCCAGGGUUUUUCUUUAUUUUUUACUAUUUUCUACAUUGUAGAAUAAUAAUGAAGACAUCAAAACUAUGAAAUAACACAUAUGGACUCAUGUAGUAACCAAAAAAGUGUUAAACAAAUCAAAAUAUAUUUUAUAUUUGAGAUUCUUCAAAUAGCCACCCUUUGCCUUGAUGACAGCUUUGCACACGCUUGGCAGUCUCUCAACCAGCUUCACCUGGAAUGUUUUUCCAACAGUCUUGAAGUAGUUCCCACAUAUGCUGAGCACUUGUUGGCUGCUUUUCCUUCACUCUGCCGUCCGACUCAUCCCAAACCAUCUCAAUUGGGUUGAGGUCGGGGGAUUGUGGAGGCCAGGUCAUCUGAUGCAGCACUCCAUCACUCUCCUUCUUGGUAAAAUAGCCCUUACACAGCCUGGAGGUGUGUUGGGUAAUUGUCCUGUUGAAAAACAAAUGAUAGUCCCACUAAACCCAAACCAGAUGGGAUGGUGUAUCGCUGCAGAAUGCUGUGGUAGCCAUGCUGGUUAAGUGUGCCUUGAAUUCUAAAUAAAUCACAGACAGUGUCACCAACAAAGCUCCCCCACACCAUAACACCUCCUCCUCCAUGCUUUACGGCGGGAAAUACACGUGGAGAUAAUCCGUUCACCCACAACGCGUCUCACAAAGACACCGGUCUAAUGCUCGUGUUUCUUGGCCCAAGCAGGUCUCUUCUUAUUGGUGUCCUUUAGUAGUGGUUUCUUUGCAGCAAUUCGACCAUGAAGGCCUAAUUCACACAGUCCCCUCUGAACAGUUGAUGUUGAGAUGUGUCUGUUACUUGAACUCUGUGAAGCAUUGAUUUGGGCUGCAAUUUCUGAGGCUGGUAACCCUAAUGAACUUAUCCUCUGCAGCAGAGGUAACUCUGGUCUUCCAUUCCUGUGGCGGUCCUCAUGAGAGCCAGUUUCAUCAUAGCGCUUGAUGAUUUUUGCGACUGCACUUGAAGAAACUUUCAAAGUUCUUGAAAUGUUUCGUAUUGACUGACCUACAUGUCUUAAAGUAAUGAUGGACUGUCGUUUCUCUUUGCUUAUUUGAGCUGUUCUUGCCAUAAUAUGGACUUGGUCUUUUACAAAAUAGGGCUAUCUUCUGUAUACCACCCCUACCUUGUCACAACACAACUGAUUAGCUCAAACACAUUAAGAAGGACAGAAAUUCCACAAAUUAACUUUUAAGAAGGCACACCUGUUAAUUGAAAUGCAUUCCAGGUGACUACCUCAUGAAGCUGGUUGAGAGAAUGCCAAGAGUGUGCAAAGCUGUCAUCAAGGCAAAGGGUGGCUAUUUGAAGAAUCUCAAAUAUAAAAUAUAUUUGGAAUUGUUUAACACUUUUUGGGUUACUACAUGAGUCCAUGUGUUAUUUCAUAGUUUUGAUGUCUUCACUAUUAUUCUACAAUGUAAAAAUAAAGAAAAACCCUUGAAUGAGUAGGUGUGUCCAAACUUUUGACUGGUAGUGUAUGUAAAAUAUUGUGUACUUUAGCUUGGAAAAUAAAUAAAUGUGACUCUGGAUGACAACAUAAUGAUGUUUGUUUGCAACAUUAGGGCUGUUUUCCAAAGAAGUGAAAUCCGCUUCGUGUUUUGUUUCCUUGCAACGAUAUUAACGAGUAUCGCGAUACUGGUAUCGUCUCAGCCCUAGUAGAAGGCCUCUAGCUACUAGUGUUGAUUUUGCAUGUCAUCUCUCACCGUGAAGAGACCUUUGAGGAGGUUUUUGAGCAGGGUUCUGGCUCUGAGCCUAUAGCAGCUGAGAGUGAAGCCCCGCUUUCAGCUGUGGAGGAGAGCUCCCCACCCCCAGAGGAACCUACCCCCUGUGAAACAACGGAACUAUCUCCAGGUUCUAUAUAUAGAUUAUAGCUUUUCAUAUAUGUAUAUUCCUCCGUCACAUGUCUUGAACUUCCGAAAGCAUUCACACCCCAUUAUGUGUAUGGGCAAUUCCACAGUAACCGAGUGAUGCUGAGGUAACAGUGAUGCUGGGUUUUGUUUGGCAUACAUUUUAAAGUGAAAAGUCUCAGCAUCACUCUGAUACCUUGGAAUUGCGUGUAUAGAGGUGCUUAAGUUCAGAGACUGAGAACUAGCCUAUCUAGUUCUCUCUGUCCUGACUGCAUGUCCCGAGUGUUGCACGGGCCGUUUUCCUGUAUAACCUCAAACUUGGAUCAACUCCGGGUACACUGUGUAGGUUACUCAUCUGACCUUGUUAUGUGACAGCACGGGUUCUGGAACUCUACUCACAUGCCCCGCCAUACCAUGUCCUUGAAUGUAAUGUGUACUAUUUCAAACGUAUAGCUAGGAUGGGACAAUUGAAUGUAACAAUUAGAUGGGACAGGUUAUUUAUCCUGUUGCCUAGUCACUUUAUUCCUACCUACAGUGGGGAAAAAAAGUAUUUAGUCAGCCACCAAUUGUGCAAGUUCUCCCACUUAAAAAGAUGAGAGAGGCCUGUAAUUUUCGUCAUAGGUACACGUCAACUAUGACAGACAAAUUGAGAAAAAAAAUUCCAGAAAAUCACAUUGAAGGAUUUUUAAUGAAUUUAUUUGCAAAUUAUGGUGGAAAAUAAGUAUUUGGUCAAUAACAAACGUUUCUUAAUACUUUGUUAUAUACCCUUUGUUGGCAAUGACACAGGUCAAACGUUUUCUGUAAGUCUUCACAAGGUUUUCACACACUGUUGCUGCUAUUUUGGCCCAUUCCUCCAUGCAGAUCUCCUCUAGAGCAGUGAUGUUUUGGGGCUGUCGCUGGGCAACACAGACUUUCAACUCCCUCCAAAGAUUUUCUAUGGGGUUGAGAUCUGGAGACUGGCUAGGCCACUCCAGGACCUUGAAAUGCUUCUUACGAAGCCACUCCUUCGUUGCCCGGGCGGUGUGUUUGGGAUCAUUGUCAUGCUGAAAGACCCAGCCACGUUUCAUCUUCAAUGCCCUUGCUGAUGGAAGGAGGUUUUCAAUCAAAAUCUCACGAUACAUGGCCCCAUUCAUUCUUUCCUUUACACGGAUCAGUCGUCCUGGUCCCUUUGCAGAAAAACAGCCCCAAAGCAUGAUGUUUCCACCCCCAUGCUUCACAGUAGGUAUGGUGUUCUUUGGAUGCAACUCAGCAUUCUUUGUCCUCCAAACACGACGAGUUGAGUUUUUACCAAAAAGUUAUAUUUUGGUUUCAUCUGACAUUCUCCCAAUCCUCUUCUGGAUCAUCCAAAUGCACUCUAGCAAACUUCAGACAGGCCUGGACAUGUACUGGCUUAAGCAGGGGGACACGUCUUGCACUGCAGGAUUUGAGUCCCUGGCGGCGUAGUGUGUUACUGAUGGUAGGCUUUGUUACUUUGGUCCCAGCUCUCUGCAGGUCAUUCACUAGGUCCCCCUGUGUGGUUCUGGGAUUUUUGCUCACCAUUCUUGUGAUCAUUUUGACCCCACGGGGUGAGAUCUUGCGUGGAGCCCCAGAUCGAGGGAGAUUAUCAGUGGUCUUGUAUGUCUUCCAUUUCCUAAUAAUUGCUCCCACAGUUGAUUUCUUCAAACCAAGCUGCUUACCUAUUGCAGAUUCAGUCUUCCCAGCCUGGUGCAGAUCUACAAUUUUGUUUCUGGUGUCCUUUGACAGCUCUUUUGUCUUGGCCAUAGUGGAGUUUGGAGUGUGAAUGUUUGAGGUUGUGGACAGGUGUCUUUUAUACUGAUAACAAGUUCAAACAGGUGCCAUUAAUACAGGUAACGAGUGGAGGACAGAGGAGCCUCUUAAAGAAGUAGUUACAGGUCUGUGAGAGCCAGAAAUCUUGCUUGUUUGUAGGUGACCAAAUACUUAUUUUCCACCAUAAUUUGCAAAUAAAUUCAUUAAAAAUCCUUCAAUGUGAUUUUCUGGAAUUUUUUUUCUCAAUUUGUCUGUCAUAGUUGACGUGUACCUAUGACGAAAAUUACAGGCCUCUCUCAUCUUUUUAAGUGGGAGAACUUGCACAAUUGGUGGCUGACUAAAUACUUUUUUCCCCCACUGUAUAUGUACAUAUCUACCUCAAUUACCUCGUACCCCUGCACAUCGACUCAGUACUGGUACCCCGUGUAUAUAGCCAAGUUAUUGUUACUCAUUGUGUAGUUAUUCCUUAUUAUUUUUCUAUUAUUUAUAUUUUAUUCUCUCUGCAGUGUUGGUAAGGGCCCGUAAACAUUUCACUGUUAGUCUACACCUGUUGUUUACGAAGCAUGUGACAAAUACAUUUACAUUUUGAUUUGAUUUGGUGGGGGCAUAGUCAUUGGAGUUUGUCGGCUACAUAUUGAUGUCCGUUGGUUGACAGAAUACCUAGCCCACAAGUCCAUGAUUGUGAAUGGAUCUCUUCCUGUCUCACAUUUUCUGUAUCAAUCAUUUUAAUAGUUAAAAAUCUUUACUAAUACCACAUUCUUUCCUAAUUCUGCAUCAUUUCCGGUUAUAACUAUUGGAUGUUAUGGAGAUGCUCGGUUUUAUUGCAUAUUGUUGAAACUGCAUUUUGUGUCUGUUAUAUUGCAUAUGUUUUGCCUUAAUGUUCUGGUUGUGUUAAUUUAGGGAGGCAGACCCUCACCUUUACAGUUGACUCCUCUUUAAAGUCCUUUGAGCUGCCUCCUUCAUAUCAAAUGGAGAAGAGCUGAAACCAGUGCAGCACAUUUUCAAGCAUUCCAUUUUUGUACCACUCCUCUUACCUUUACAGUCAUGCCUGCUAACAGAGAUUGCACCCCCAUUUUAGUCGAAUCAAUGCUUGGCCUGUAAGUAUCAUAGUAGACCCCCAGAAGAAUGUGAAGACUCCAGAAGAGUUGAAGAUAUAUUUUUUGCUCUUUAAUGUCACUGAUGUGAAGAAGCUUUUUUAAAUAAUUUUGUUCAAAUACAUAGAAACGUCCCCUGACGUUGCUGCAGUGGAAUCAGAGGAGCCUCCUGCCACGCCAGAGGCUGAGAUUGGUAAGGCAUGAUUGCAUGGAUGAAGAAGGCAGGCCCUCCGCUCCCAUAGGUUUUUAAUGUGGAGUUCAUCCUAUAAUCAUGGACUAUGGAUUGCCACCCACAGCACCUGAACCGGUGGUAGAACCAGCCCCUGAAGAAUCAGUAGGGACGCCUGCUGCUGAACCAGUAGUUGAAAGUGGUAAGAUCUGACUUCAUGGAAGAUAGAAGUUUUAAUCUUUAUUUGAAUGGAAAUGGAAAGAGUUUGUAAUUUCUAUUUUUUUAUGGACCUAUACUAACAGAAGCAGCACCUUUAGCUGAAUCCGUCCCAGAAGAAGCAGUGGAGCGGCCAAGUGCUCCAGCUCUGAGUGGUAAGGGCUUUGGCCAAUAAAGUUUUUUUUAAUGAAGUCACUAGUUACUAGCCAAAUUAAUAAGCAGUUGCAUUUUAAAUAUACCAUUGUGCUAAACAGAACCUUCAGUGGAACCGUCCCCCAUAGAGGUUACAGAAGAGCCUCUUGCUCCCAUUGUGGAGAGUGGUAAGCCCUCAGACCAGUGCAUGGAAAAAUGAAUCCAUAUUUUCAAUGAUCAAAAUUGAUUUUGCCUAACGCUUUGGUUAUACUAACAGAACCAGCACCAGUAGCAGAAAGCCCUCCUGCAGAAACAGCAGAGCCGCAAACUACGACUGAGACAGAGAGUGGUAAGACCUGAGUCUAGCCUCUGCUGGAGUGGGGGGGCAGACAGACAACACAGCACUAUGGUUUUCCCUGUUAACACAAUAUGGUUACUCGCAACACAUCUCCUAUUUAUUUAUUAAUAUACUGUUGAUGGUUACCUUGAUUUUAAUGUUCUCCUCCCCUGUUAAGGUUACUUGUUGUGGUGUGUGUUUGGAUCCUGGUAAUGCUAAGUGAUAAAGCUCUCACAUGGAUGGAUAACAAUUCACUUUUGUUUUUCCUUGACACCAUUUUAAUCCCUCUUCCCUUUUAAGGUUACUUGUGCUGAAGUAUUUGGUCAUUGUACGACUAAACGAUAGUCUCCUACACAUGGUUCUGGUGUUUUUAGACUAGAGGUUUUCUGCUGUACAGCAGGAUGCAGCAUGCUUGGGGUCUACCUCUGAAUAAGUCCACAGUAUCAGAUCAUGUAAUGGUUUUACCUCUCUUUGCUGUCCUAGCUCCAGCUGCGGAACCUGCAACCAUUGCAGCUGCCGAGGUCCCUGCACCCACCCCUGUAGGGUUUCCCUCACAUGCCCCCUACCUCUUGAUUGGCGGAGGCACGGCCUCCUUCGCUGCAGCACGCUCCAUCAGGGCCAGGGACCCAGGAGCCAGGGUUAGUGGGCUUCUCUCUGUUGUUUAUCUAUGGAUUGACCAAUAAUUUAGCAAGCGGUGUUAUGAUAAGUAGUCCGAUUCUGGUUUGAGUCUGGAAAAAUAAGGCAGUCCUACCUUGUGUUGAUUUCUUUGAUAAGUCCCUUUUAAUUCCUUAACCAAAACAAAUUUUUGUUUUGAUAUCUGUCCACAGGUAUUGAUUAUCACUGAUGAACCAGACCUUCCAUACAUGAGGCCUCCUCUCUCCAAGGAGCUGUGGUUCUCUGAUGAUUCCAGUGUGGUUGACACCCUGCGCUUCAAACAGUGGAACGGCAAGGAGAGGAGGUGUGUGUGUGUGUGUGUGCUCACACUGUUAACAGUCAACUUAACAUUCUCAUGGACACAAUCUUAUGCAACAUUCCUGUGUUAAUGCAUGUUUAUUUCUGGUUUUCAGCAUCUACUUCCAGCCUCCCUCAUUCUACAUCAGUCCUCAGGAUUUGGAGAAAGUGGAGAAUGGAGGAGUGGCUGUGCUCACUGGGAAAAAGGUUGGUGCUUUUUGUAUUUAUAGCAAGCAUUCUGGUCUUGAGCUAUUUUCCAUACAAUUGAACAAUGUCUUACAUUUAAUUACUUAUGCUAUCUUUUUCCUAACAAUACUUUUUCAGUUUAGUUAAAGGAUUUAUCAAACCUUGGAGAAUGCAAUGGACAGCACCCCAAGGAUACUCUUCAAUAAUUAACUUAUUUGUGAAUGAUUUAUUGGUGAAUUCAUUAUCAAACAGUAUCAUUUGAGUGCUGACCAUUUCACUCAAUGUAUUUUACUAAGGAGAAUCCAAUGUUUUUUUGUUUUUUUUUAAAUCAAACCUUCCCCAAUUUUCUCCAGGUGGUGCACAUGGAUGUGAGGGGAAACAAAGUGACACUGAGUGACAACACUGAGAUCUCCUAUGAUAAGUGCCUGAUUGCCACAGGUAAACCAUGAUGAUAAAUACAGUUUAUCGAGUGCAUCAGUUUAGUUACUGACUUGGAUGUGACAUUCACAACAGGCGAUGACUCGUAGACUGAACAGCAAUUAAUUGAAGCUUUUCUCUUAAGGUGGAGUCCCAAGGAAUCUGCAAGUGAUUGAGAGAGCCGGAGAAGAGGUGACAAAGAGGACUACACUGUUUAGAAAGGUAAACACAUUGCCUUCAAAUCUGAUGUUAUGAAAAGUGUGGGCAGUAGCCACAAGACGAUGAUGCGUUAAUUAGAUGUAGGUGUUUGGUACCACUGACAACAACAUGCUGAAGCUAGCAUAGUGUUAGGUAGGGGCUGUUAUGGUAGUUAUCUUCAGGGACUGCACGACAUGAUGGGGCCAUACUUGCGAACAUUAGAAAAAGUUAAACUUUAAACGGUUUCUCAGUCUCAAAAUGCGCAUCAUCCAAUUAAAAUUGUUAAUUUACUUGCACGUGAUAGAACGCUACAUUCAGGCUGGUCCCAUCAGAUAACCUGGCACACGAUUGAUGCUAUUUGGAGUUUAUGCAUCACAAGCCUGAAUUACAUGAUUUAUUUCAUGUUUUGUGAAAAACUAGUGAAUAAUGUCCAUCAUUCAAGAUGACAGUGCCAGCAAGUAUGUUUUUUUUUUUUACCAUUCGAAUCCACCUUUUGAAAAGGCUUUUUUGCUAUCAUCCCUAGGUUGAAGAUUUCAAAGCAUUGGAUAAGGUCUCCAGGUACACCAAAUCCAUCACCAUCAUUGGAGGAGGGUUCUUGGGGAGUGAGCUGGCCUGUGCCCUAGGCAGGAGAUGUAAGUUAAGACCACUGUCUGAAUCAAGGAAGAAAUGACACUAUGACUGAACCAACACUUACCACAGUCAAAUGCCCCUUUGUAAGGUGUCUGUCUGUCCAUCUUCCAUCCUCCCAGCUGCUGAUUCUGAUCUGGAGGUAAUCCAGAUGUUCCCUGAGAAGGGCAACAUGGGGAAGGUGCUGCCUGAGUAUCUGAGUAACUGGACAACAGCCAAAGUCAAGAGUGGUAAGAAGGAGGGAAAACUCUUAAAGAGAUUCUCCUGUACUUUUUUAUACUUUUUAGCCAAUAGUUCUGAAAGUAGCGCUCACGAGCCAAACGUUGGCCCUGAAAGUUGUGUACUUUGUCAUCACAUCAUUGUUCUCGAACCUGUGUAGUAUGCACAAAGAGAAUAAAAAAUGUGUGGUGUUCAUGAGCUGUGCACGUGCUUGGCCUCACCCCACAACCUCAUUGGACAAUGCUGUGCCGAUCUGAUCCCGCCUCCCACUUUAACCUUGCCACCUCAUUGGACAUCAUUCCACCUGCCAAUCAACAUUGUCCCUCAAGGCUUUGUUGUGGCUAAUUCCUGUUGUUGUACAGACCAGUAUGGCAAGCCACUGAUUGUGAUAAUGUAAUUUAUACAAUGGAAAAGUUAUAACCUACUUACAGUAUAUGUUUGCAUCAAAUUACCUACUCCUUUUAAAGUUGUGUAAUGAUUAUAUAUAGGACUAGUAUUUGUCUACGUGAUGAAUGGUGAUUGCUGGCAAUCAACUGCAGUUUUGGAUUAUCAUGGAAUACCUGCUGCGUCCACGUAUAAGGGCAAAAGGUGGAGGGACAUGAUUAUUUGAUUGGGAUGGAUGGUUGAAACAACAAAGGUAGGGCGAUAUUUUCUUAUCUAAAAAGUAAGUGGGUGAAAGUUUGCAGUAUAUAUUUCUCUAGCGUAUCAACUAUAUGAUUUCGCGCCUGGUAAAAACCUUAGUCUAUUGAGCAAUAUAUUCCAAAAUUCGAACAAAAUACACCAGCGACAACAUUUAUGAGAGUGUUUCUGAUCGAGUUGACAAUUGUCUCCUAAUGUAUUUGUCUGGCUACAAUGCCAUCUGUAGUGCACAUAUUUCUCUGCUUGCUUCCAGAGAAAUGUAGGCUAUUGAAAGAUACAUUAAAUUAUAACCGAAGUCUAAUAGAUCUAACUUAAAAUGUUCAAAUGUUUUCUAACUUAGGAUGCAUGGAUUUGAUCGAUGUAUUCUAUGUAUUUUCGCAGUUAUCAAAAUAAUUAAUGUUAAAGUCACGUAGCCAGCCAAUCCCCCUUGCUACAGAGCGCCCGUUCACUACAUGACAUGAACGAGUGCAUGUCACGUGCACUAAAUGAUGGCAGGUUAGAAUGUAGAUGGUUUAUUAUGCAUGUAUGCCAUACAUUGACAAAAACAGUAGGUUACAAAAAUAACGAGGUGGUUUUCAAACCUCCGGAACACAUCUUUAUCUUUGUUUCACUAAUGAACUGUAUAUGGGAGCUUCUACUCUGUAGAAAUUACUGAGACAGCCAUUGCCAACCUCGCCUGAUGGAUAAAUUGUUAAAGAGAAGUAACAUUUUUAAAGAUAAGUUAUUUAUACUGAACCUCAUCUCUUGCCUUUACAGAGGGAGUGAAGGUCAUCACAGAAGCGUUGGUAAAAGGUGUAAGCUACAAAGAUGGCAAAGUGGAGAUCAAACUGAAGGAUGGUCGUGUGGUGAAGACGGACCAUAUUGUUGCAGCUGUUGGGCUUGAUCCCAGUGUAGAGCUGGCCAAGUCAGCAGGUCUGGAGGUAGACUCUGACUUUGGGGGCUAUCGGGUCAACGCAGAACUGCAGGCUAGGUCCAAUAUAUGGGUGGUAAGAACAAAUUCAAGCGGUUCUCUUUGGAUGCUACUGGGCAGUUCCACUGUAACAGAGUGAUGCUGAGACUCACAUUUUUCACUUAAAAUGUAUGUCAAACAAAAACCAAUGAUUUCAAAGUUAAACAAACCAUAAAACUCUAUGCACAAGGACUACUUUUAAUAAUUUCAGUUUAAUCUGAAAUGUCAAUUCUCCGUAAAGAAGAGCUCCCCGAUUUGAAAGUUUGAUAACAUCUCAUAAGUUAUGCAUCCUUUACUCUCAUUUUCAAGCACACGGAAACUAUAAAAAUGUCUUGUCAUUUAUGUGGCAUGACUAUGUAGGCCACUGUUGUGAUCCUUUGUGUCUCCUGUUUACAGGCAGGUGAUGCAGCGUGCUUCUAUGACAUCAGACUGGGCCGCAGGCGAGUGGAGCACCAUGACCAUGCAGUUGUGAGCGGCAGGCUAGCCGGAGAGAACAUGACGGGAGCCAACAAGCCCUACUGGCAUCAGUCCAUGUUCUGGUAUGAGUCAUAUUAUUCAGUUUCCAUGUCAGUAGUUGUCAGUCGGUGAUUCCCAAACCAGCCCCUCGCCCCUACCAACUCGCUUGGAGGGCCCUCUGUUGUUAUGUGCUGCGUGACACACUUGUGACUUGAAUGAUGCAAUUCAUGUUCAACAUUUGCCAAAAGCAAUACACCCUGCAUCCCACUGCUGGCUUGCCUCUGAAGCUAAGCAGGGUUGAUCCUGGGUGGGAGACCAGAUGCUGCUGGAAGGGGUUUUGGAGGGCCAGUAGGAGGCACUCUUUCCUCAGGUCCUAAUCAUCCCCAGCUUCCAAUUGGCUCAUUCACCCCCCCUCCUCUCCCCUGUAACUAUUCACCAGGUUGUUGCUGUAAAUGACAUGUGUUCUCAGUCAACUUACCUGGUAAAAUAAAACGAGCCUGAAAUUCAAAUAGAAAAUGUCCCCACACACACACACAGUUUUAGAAAACCUAGUCAUUCAAGGGUUUUUUCUUUAUUUUUACUAUUUUCUACAUUGUAGAAUAAUAGUGAAGACAUCAAAACUAUGAAAUAACACAUAUGGAAUCAUGUAGUAACCAAUAAAGUAUUAAACAAAUGAAAAUAUAUUUUAUAUUUGAGAUUCUUCAAAUAGCCACCCUUUGCCUUGAUGACAGCUUUGCACACUCUUGGCGUUCUCUCAACCAGCUUCAUGAGGUAGUCACCUGGAAUGCAUUUCAAUUAACAAGUGUGCCUUAAAAGUUAAUUUGUGGAAUUUCUUUCCUUCUUAAUGCGUUUGAGCCAAUCAUUUGUGUUGUGACAAGGUAGGGGGGUUAUACAGAAGAUAGCCCUAUUUGGUAAAAGACCAAGUCCAUAUUAUGGCAAGAACAGCUCAAAUAAGCAAAGAGAAACGACAGUCCAUCAUUACUUUAAGACAUGAAGGUCAGUCAAUACGGAACAUUUCAAGAACUUUGAAAGUUUCUUCAAGUGCAGUCGCAAAAAUCAUCAAGCGCUAUGAUGAAACUGGCUCUCAUGAGGACCGCCACAGGAAUGGAAGACCCAGAGUUACCUCUGCUGCAGAGGAUAAGUUCAUUAGGGUUACCAGCCUCAGAAAUUGCAGCCCAAAUCAAUGCUUCACAGAGUUCAAGUAACAGACACAUCUCAACAUCAACUGUUCAGAGGGGACUGUGUGAAUUAGGCCUUCAUGGUCGAAUUGCUGCAAAGAAACCACUACUAAAGAACACCAAUAAUAAGAAGAGACCUGCUUGGGCCAAGAAGCACAAGCAAUGGACAUUAGACCGGUGGAAAUGUGUCCUUUGGUCUGGAGUCCAAAUUGGAGAUUUUUGGUUCCAACCGCCGUGUCUUUGUGAGACGCGGUGUGGGUGAACGGAUGAUGUGUAUUUCCCGCCGUAAAGCAUGGAGGAGGAUGUGUUAUGGUGUGGGUUGCUUUGCUGGUGACACUGUCUGUGAUUUUAUUUAGAAUUCAAGGCACACUUAAACAGCAUGGCUACCACAGCAUUCUGCAGCAAUACGUCAUCCCAUCUGGUUUGGGCUUAGUGGGACUAUCAUUUGUUUUUCAACAGGGCAAUGACCCAACACACCUCCAGGCUGUGUAAGGGCUAUUUUACCAAGAAGGAGAGUGAUGGAGUGCUGCAUCAGAUGACCUGGCCUCCACAAUCCCCCGACCUCAACCCAAUUGAGAUGGUUUGGGAUGAGUCGGACCGCAGAAUGAAGGAAAAGCAGCCAACAAGUGCUCAGCAUAUGUGGGAACUACUUCAAGACUGUUGGAAAAGCAUUCCAGGUGAAGCUGGUUGAGAGAAUGCCAAGAGUGUGCAAAGCUGUCAUCAAGGCAAAGGGUGGCUAUUUGAAGAAUCUCAAAUAAAAUCUAUUUUAAUUUCUUUAACACUUUUUUUUGGUUACUACAGUUGUCAAAAGUUUGACACAAGUAUUGGUCUUCACAAAGUUUGCUGCUUCAGUGUUUUUAGAUAUUUUUGUCAGAUGUUACUAUGGUAUACUGAAGUAUAAUUACAAGCAUUCCAUAAGUGUCAAAGGCUUUUAUUGACAAUUACAUUAAGUUUAUGCAAAGAGUCAAUAUUUGCAGUGUUGACCCUUCUUUUUCAAGAUCUCUGCAAUCAGCCCUGGCAUGCUGUCAAUUAACUGCUGGGCCACAUCCUGACUGAUGGCAGCCCAUUCUUGCAUAAUCAAUGCUUGGAGUUUGUCAGAAUUUGUGGGUUUUUGUUUGUCCACCCGCCUCUUGAGGAUCGACCACAAGUUCUCAAUGGGAUUAAGGUCUGGGGAGUUUCCUGGCCAUGGACCCAAAAUGUCGAUGUUUUGUUCCCCAAGCCACUUAGUUAUCACUUUUGCCUUAUGGCAAGGUGCUCCAUCAUGCUGGAAAAGGCAUUGUUUGUCACCAAACUGUUCUUGGAUGGUUUGGGAGAAGUUGCUCUCGGAGGAUGUGUUGGUACUAUUCUUUAUUCGUGGCUGUGUUCUUAGGCAUAAUUGUGAGUGAGCCCACUCCCUUGGCUGAGAAGCAACCCCACACAUGAAUGGUCUCAGGAUGCUUUACUGUUGGCAUGACACAGGACUGAUGGUAGCGCUCACCUUGUCUUCUCCGGACAAGCUUUUUUCCGGAUGCCCCAAACAAUCGGAAAGGGGAUUCAUCAGAGAAAAUGACUUUACCCCAGUCCUCAGCAGUCCAAUCCCUGUACCUUUUGCAGAAUAUCAGUCUGUCCCUGAUGUUUUUCCUGGAGAGAAGUGGCUUGCAGAUAACCAUGGUUAACAGAGGAAGAACAAUGAUUUCAAGCACCACCCUCCUUUUAAAGCUUCCAGUCUGUUAUUCUAACUCAAUCAGCAUGACAAAGUGAUCUCCAGCCUUGUCCUCGUCAACACACUCACCUGUGUUAACGAGAUAAUCACUGACAUGAUGUCAGCUGGUCCUUUUGUGGCAGGACUGAAAUGCAGUGGAAAUGUUUUUGGGGGAUUAAGUUCAUGUUCAUGGCAAAGAGGGACUUUGCAAUUCAUCUGAUCACUCUUCAUAACAUUCUGGAGUAUAUGCAAAUUGCCAUCAUAAAAACUGAGGCAGCAGACUUUGUGAAAAUUAAUAUUUGUGUCAUUCUCAACUUUUGACCACGACUGUACAUGAUUCCGUAUGUGUUAUUUCAUAGUUUUGAUGUCUUCACUAUUAUACUAUUAAAAAUAGUACAAAUAAAGAAAAACCGUUGAAUGAGUAGGUGUGUCCAAACUUUUGACUGGUUGUGUGUAUGUGUAUAUAUAUAUAUAUAUAUAUAUAUAUCAGUAACAGUGAAACAUUUAAUUUGGGAGGUAUUUUGUAUGCGUGUGUCAAGCCUCGAAAUCAGACACAAACAAAUACAGGUGGCUCAUAAUUAGGCACGCCUCUUCAUUCUUUUGUGUGAAAUUGCGCAAUCUAAAAAAAACAACACAGUGCGUUAUGGGAUACCACUUAACUCUGAAGCCGGCAGCGUAGCUGGCUCAGUCAGUGGCUAUUGGAGGGUCUAAUGGCCCCUACACCCUCCAUAAUUUUCACUCCCUCAGCUUUGGGAUGCUUGCGCAUAUGGCAGAGGCGCGUGUGAACGCGCAAAUGGAGGGGCGGGGGAAAGGGAAGGGGAUAAUUUGAGAUUCAGCCAGUGAUUCCCUCUCCUUUGACCUCUGACCCCUGACUAUGUAUAUCAUGUCCUAUUGUGUUCCACAGGAGUGACCUGGGGCCUGAUGUAGGCUAUGAGGCCAUUGGGAUAGUAGACAGUAGCCUUCCAACUGUUGGAGUGUUUGCCAAAGCCACUGCUAAGGACACCCCCAAAGCUGCCACAGAGAAGUCCGGUAUGACCUUCCACAAUAUACUGAUUUACCGUCAACAUCUGAUUCUACAGAAGGACCUCUGUGUACUUUACAAAUCAAUAAUAAAUAUUUAAUAUCCCCCCAAAACAAUUGAUUUGAAGACAUAGACUGAGCGUCUUUCCUCUGAUUGCUGUAGGAACUGGAAUCCGUUCGGAGAGUGAGACUGAGGGGACGGCCAGUAGCCCUGUAGCCUCCUCUUCCCCUGCACCCCCUCCAGUACUCCAGCAGAAGGACGACUAUGGGAAAGGAGUGAUCUUCUAUCUGCGAGACAAAGUGGUGGUGGGCAUUAUCCUGUGGAACGUGUUCAACAGAAUGCCCGUCGCAAGGAAGGUGAGAACCGUCACAAAUGUCGGAGGAUAAAUAUUUUCUCUGUUCUAACGUUUAUUGUCACUAAAGUGAAGUUCAAAACAGAGUUAAAUAUAGACUGAUUUGCUUUGCAUUCUUGUCUUUGCAGAUCAUCAAAGAUGGAGAGGAACACGCAGAUCUGAAUGAAGUGGCUAAGCUCUUCAACAUUCACGAGGACUGAGUCUUCUCUACUCUGAGGAGGCUGAGCCUAUGCUGGGAGACGUAUGCUGUCACUACUCAUAAAGGGUUUGAACUUUCACAGUCAUUGCCAGGCUUUGGCAGACCCUAAUAUGAUGAUGCACUUGAAAAGAAAAGGGAGACUCUGGACACAUCUACUCUGUACAUGUACGUUUCAUGUCGCUGGAAUAUUUUCAUACAUUGGUAAUUUAUAUCACAUGCAUCUGUUUUUUUCUUUACUAUUGAAGAUGGUGAAUAUAAAUAUUCACCCUGUCUAUCUGUCUAAUCAUUCUAUGGUAUGAAUGUUGCAUUUUGUGAUCAAGGAGAAAUUGUCCAUCCCGGGAAUACAGGUGACGGUGUACAAAGUACAAACAGCAUACUGUUACGUGGAGGUUGUUUUUCAGUGUGAUCAGAGCAGCUCAUUAUGUUAAAGGCUGCAAUAAAAAUAUUUUGAAAUUAUCCUACAAUUUGCAUUAUUAUGUCCAAAGAUGUGACCAC